UUAGCCGGCUCAUCCGUCCCUUCUCCAGUAUAUGGUGGCCGCGCGAUCCCAGAAAGAAAGAUCAGUUCCAGCCAAAGAGAAACGAUCUGAAUCCAAUUCCAACAUGGUUUGCUCGAAUCCUUUGCCCGGACCCCGCUCGUCUUCCUCCCGGACACCAAAUCGCCAAAAAGCGGAGGAGGAACCCCGACAGUGGUGGUCUGUUGGGACUCGGGGCACAAUUCGAUUCCUCUUGCUUACCAGAUCAAUCCCAAUCGGCCGCACGCCGGGAUGGGCACGAUGCCUGGCAGCAAGAAGAAGAGUGCCAUGCCGCCAAUGCCAUCCUGCGGCACGGUGGUGAGCAACAAGAGGAAGAUGGCUGCUGUAUCCGGUUCCGCGGCGUCGCUCCCGGACGAGAUGGUUGAGGAGGUGCUGCUGCGGCUUCCCGUCAAAUCCAUCGUACGCUUCCGGGCCGUCUGCCGCUCCUGGUCUGCAAUGUUCUCCUCCGAGGAAUUCUGCUGCCUCCACAGGGCGAUGCUGGCUAAUGCUGCACCGACAGCAACACCAAAGCUACUGUAUGUCUCACCUGCAGCAGGAUUUGACUCCACGGCCAUGUACUCAUGCUCGCCAUCGGACCCCAGAGAUAACCUAUUGUUCACCCUCGACUGUGCCCGCGGCAACUUUGUGGAGGUAGUGACGCCCGCGCCGUGCCAUGGCCUCACCCUUCUCUACGAUGCUGUUCCGCCGGCUUACUACAUUUGCAAUGCGGCCACACGGGAAGUCACGCGCCUGCCGCCUUACCUUGACAUGAGCCGCAGGUCCUCUGCUGGACUGGGAUUUGAUGCCCGGACAAGGAAGUACAAGGUGGUGAGGCUCAUCAAUGCAAAGCCCAAGGAGAAGGAGAUGAUCAAGUGUGAGGUGUACACAGCUGGAGGCGGGUAUGGGGAUCGCUGGAGGCCAGCUACCAGAGAGGUACCCUUUGGGAUGCGCAGGUUUGUGCUUGCUGCUGUCGCUAAUGCUGCCAGGCACAAACUACCACCUGUGUUUGCGAACGGAUCUCUGCACUGGUUGGUCAACCCUAAAUCCUUCCUCAGCUGGCCUAGAGCUGCUGUCAUAUCCUUUUCAGUCGCAGAGGAGACGUUCACAUAUUCCCGAUCACCUUCAUUCUGGGCAUCAGAACAGCACCAGCCUCCCUUGGCCAGGGUAUCAGUAGAGCACCUAGUGGAGAUGGAUAACCAACUGUGUAUGGUCCGAGACCUUCGCAACAAUCCUAAUUGUAGCACUUUGGAAAUUUGGAAGCUGCUUGAUUAUAGCUCUGGUAACUGGUCACUGAGUCAUCAAAUUGAUUUGUCAGGGCAAGUGGCAAGAGAUUUUUGCGAGCCACAGAUUGUAAGAGUUAUUGGUUCUGUUGGCAAUUGCAGGUCAGUGAAGAAGAUUAUCAUCGCUACUAGCAAGCGCAUGGUUGAUCAAAAGUUCGAGAACAAGGUUCACUCCUAUGACCCUAGGUCCAAAGCUCUAGAGACCAUUCUUUCAGUCAGAGAGACACACACAUCUCGUAUAACCAAUACCCCUAGUUCAAGAUUCGGUUUAUUCGAAGAGAGCCUUGCUGCAGUUCAUAAAACAGAUAGAGAGAUAGCGUUAUCAUCUACCCUGGCUAAGGCGACUAAAGAGAUCCUCCUCCGCCUCCCAGCCAAAUCAGUCAUACAGACUAAACUUGUCUGCAAGCAGUGGCUCAGUUUGACCGAAAGUCAAAGCUUCAUUCAGUCGUACCUUGAACAUAAGAACAUGGAUAAAAGACCAAAGGUCAUGCUUGUUGGCAAGGGCACUGGACAGUCAGGCUUCAGUUUUGCUCCCCUGAAUAGAUGUCUUCCAGAAGAUCAUAGGCACAUUGUGCUGCUUGAUACAAAGAUGGUUUGCUCGAAGCCUUGCCACGGUCUGAACCUGAUAAGCACCGAGGAAAAUGACUAUCUCUACAACCCAUGUACAGGUUUCCACAAGGUGUACUGUAACCAGGCGCAGGCGCAAGCGGAACAACAUGCUUUUGCAGUUGGCAACAAGAAUGUCGGAUUGGGCUUCGACCUCUUGACUUGUGAGCAUUUUCUCGUGGAAAUCUUCUACAAGCUAAAGGACUUUGAAUCUCGUCAAUAUGCCUUGACAUGCGAGUUAUGGCGGUGUAAAUCCGGAGGUUACGCCCAAAAUUCUCUGGUCCCACCUCUACCUAUGAAUGAUAUGCCACCCGCCUAUCUUGAAGGGAUGUUGUACUGGAUGAGCGAGCCAAGGUUGGGACAGAAGUAUGAGCGGGCCAUUAUCUCUUUCGACAUUGCUACAAAUGCUUUUGGUGUCAUCCCUUGCCCUCCAUGCAUUGCAGUGUGGAAUGGAAGAUGUCAUCAGCAUGCAUUUGUGGUAGAGCUGGAGGGAGUAUUAUGUGCUGUUCUAGCGGAUCCAGUUGGGAACAAUUUAGAUAUAUGGAAGCUAAAGCAUGGUGAAUGGGGCAUAGCAUAUAUAGUUCACUUAGAAGCAUGGCCUGACUAUUCCCUUGAGACAAAUGUUGUGGUGCCAUUAGCUGUUGAUCCUGUUGAUGGAAGGAUCCUGCUGAACACUGGGAAAAAAUUAGGUUUAUAUGAUCCAGUGGAGCGAACAAUUCAGAAUCUGUGUUCACUUGAUGGGGCUGUCGCAUGCUCUAAAGACCAACAAUCAGCCGGGAAACCAAAUAUAAUGGGCAGUGAAAUUAGGCCUCUUGUUCCUAUGUUAUAUGAGGAUAACUUAGCGUGUUAUCCCCGUGUGGGCAAAACAAGAUGGAUGUGAU